AUGGACAUCUCAGCUAGAUCCGUACCAUCAACUCCUGCUUCAUCACGAAUCCCUCGCAAUUCACGAAGAAAGGCAUGUCGAAAAUGUGUAGAAGGCAAAACUGCAUGUGAUCUCGGAAAGCCGAAAUGCAAGCGAUGCAAAGAUCGAGGCACGAGCUGUGAAUAUCCAGCACAGGUCAGAUCGCAGAGUGGCACUAAUACAGAGGAUCAAUAUGCUAUUGUGGAUGCCAGCCCUCUCAGCAACGUUCCUGAUGCAAUUUCGCCGGAUUCUACAUUAGCCCAUCUUCUGGCUCAAACCACCGGAAAUGCAUCUCAUACCCCGGAUCACUCUACUAUCGCAGAUAGUGGACUAGUUCAUCCACAUGUCCUGGACUUUCAAGAAAUUGACCUGGUUCCCAUGAUUGAUGCAGAGGAAAUUCGCGAUCGCUGGCUACGCCCCUACAUCUCAAGCUCGACAGGCCAGGAGCCCAAGCAGUUGAAUGUUCACACCAUACAUUAUCUCACCUGUGUGUUGAAAUCGUACAUUAGAAAUCUAAUCCACUCAAUUCCACCGCCCUUUGUUCAUUCUAUGCAACAGAAAGCGACUUGUCCACCUGUCUUGGCUUACUGUUUCACCCUGGUUCGGACAUGGUUGACUAGGAUUCCUGGUUGUGAACCCUUGCUUCUGAGGACGAUAGGAGACGAGAUGAAAAAGAUUGAAAAUCAGGAUACCUCUCAAAGCGAUUUUAAAAACCUGUGCUCGUUCCAAGCGUAUCUCAUCUACUUCAUGACGAUCCAUUUCUUUCAUCGAACACACACUGUCAGAGAACCCAGCCAGUUCGAUGAGUAUAUGCAGUUACAAAUGCAAGAAAUUGCUUUCCGAUCCGCCAAAGCAGGUCUCACAUGCAGAGCAGAGGAAUCCCAGACCCGCCCGAGCUGGGAGUCAUGGAUAGUUGCUUCUGCCAAACGUCGCACCCUCUUUACCAUGUAUCUCCUCAGCAAUGUCUACAAUUCCGAACUUGGACUGCCGAACUUUGUUGCCGAAGAACUAAGAGGGACCUUGGCCCCAGAAAGCAAAAUACUCUGGGAAGCCUCAGACCGUGCCCUUUGGGAAAGAGAAUACAACCGGCAUUUGUCUCGCUGGGAGGAUGGGAUGCUCGAGAUAUCAGAGCUGUGGAAGUCUGCUGAGACUGGUACAGAAUCUCGGCGGGAGAAGAUUGAGCGGUGGUUACAAUCUGCUGAUGAGUUUGGGAUGAUGAUUUUUUCUGUUUGUGCGCAUAUCCAUGGGUGCUAG